CAACAGUUAUAGCAGAGUCUCACAAACUACUGUGGAUUAAGUGUUUUCGAUCUCUGCUCAGCAGAUAUAUCAAUGAUGCUGUCAUUGCCGUCAAUGAUCGGAUUCGGCAGAUGAAAUUAGCCGGAAUUAUGGCAACUGCAGCAGAAAUAACGCAGCACGUUUCUCUUCCGGUCCUACUUAUUCUUAAAGUCCCCAUACGCAUGCACACAUAUACAAAUGUCAAUACCAUUUUUUCGCGCACGAUUAGCACCAAACGCAAGCAACUUUUGUCGGACCUCGUGCCGAUCGUCAACUGUUAAUGCGUCGCGUCCUAGACGUAAUUUCGCGGCUUCUCCACCGGAAAUCCAUCGACAACAAUUUGGCGGCAACGAUAACUACCAACGGUUCCAAAGCAGUCGCCCGCCAUUUUACCUUUCGCGACGAUUUUGGGUAACCGCGGGUACUGGCACAGUAUUGUUUGGUGGCUACUAUGUCAUGCACCUGGAAACGGUGCCCGUCAGUGGACGUAAACGGUUUAUGGACGUGUCGCCGCGACUUGAAGAGGGUAAGAUCAUAAUUGUAAUAUGCGCAGCUAUUUAUGCGUUCUUUAGCUAAGUUAUAUGUGUUUGCAUCUGGAUGCUAGCAAUGGCCAAGCAAGCGUAUAGUGAAGUUGUGUCCCAGUUUGGUCGACGGAUUCUGCCUGAUUAUCAUCCAUAUACACAGUUUGUUGCACGAGUAGCCAAAAGGAUCGUUAAAGUAUCGG